AUGUGGAAGGAAGUCCUGCUGUGCGUUUGUGGGAUCACAGCCUUUGUUAUGGCAGCACAAGCUGUCCCGACAAGGGAGAUCCACCGCGUUCCAGUCCCGGCCAGGCGGACGCACCGCGCGAAGCGGGCGGUCCCGCCUGCUGUGGCCUCCUUCGUGGCGGAUGCCGCUCAGGAUGUCGGCGGGAAGGUGGUGGACGCCCUCGGGGACAGAAUCGCGGAGGGAGUCGUGGAGAAUCAUCAGGAAAAGGUUGUCAGUGCCCUGGAGGACUACUUCUCCGGACAGUUUGACAAGGCGGAUGAAGAAUUUGACAAGGUUCUGGCGCGAGGUGGAGACCUCCUGUCCAGCGCAGGUGGCGAUAUUGAAGAGGCCCGAGUACAGCUUAUUCAUGGCAGAGGUACUAACACUGGAGAUACCUUCUCACCGGCUGGUUACGAACUUCGCCUUGCCUUUGAUCGGGAAGAUGAUGGUGACGAUGAUGAUGAAAGCUCUGACGGCAUGUCACCAGCGCUUUAUACUGAUGGGACUGGACCCUUACUGAUGAACGGCUGCUUCGGUUCCAACUAUGCUGAGGGAGACCCGUGUUACGAGGGUUUUGUGCCUAUAGAAGCUUGUGCUAACAUCAUUGAUGGGGCACUCUUCCUGGGAACGGGGUUUGACGGUCGAGGUGAAUACUCCACACAGUCCAGGAAGAAGAGCCUCAUCCAGCGUGCCUGCAAUGGUCUGCAAGGUUACAAGGAGUUCCACGUGCCUGACACCAUGACCGUGCAGGGGACAUACGACACCGACAUGGAGAGCUACACCUUCAGCUCCUUGGAGGAAUACAGGCACUACCUCGAGGACAAGUCUGCCGUGACGUCAGCCAAGUCCAUCUUCCAGCAGGAGAUGAACAAGGCCCAGGGACAUCUGGCAGGAGGAGGCUUCGCGGGGUUGAUCUUUUCGGCAGGAGGUGGUACGUCAGGUCAAGCAGGUUUUGACUCAGAAACGUCCAGCUUUGACGCCAGUUCCUUUGCAAGCGCUCAACUUACGGAGACCUCCACUCGCACAUUCAUGGCCAUGGUGGAACUGAACGUCUUCAGGUACGAAAUGUUUCUGGACUUCGUUGGCCCCGAGAACUUGAACCUGGCAUUCCUGCGUGACUUCCUGAAUCUCCCGGGAACAUAUUUUGCCAUUGGAGCGGACAGGGAAUUCCAAAAAUUCAUCCUACGUUGGGGAACCCACUACAUCACAUCUGCCAAGUUCGGAGGACAACUCAAAAUCAUAAAAACCCGUGAAGCCAGUGAGACAGAUUCACAGGAGAGCUUUGCAAAGGCAGCCCAGUCUGACUUCCACAAGCUCUUCAGCACCUACUCCGCACAGCAGACCCAGACCAAGUCCAGCAGCUUUUGGCAUGACUCAGAGUCAACAGAGGAGAGCGAAAGGUCCAGCGGCGUAGGGAACAGUGAAACGUCUUCAGAAGAUGCCCUUAGUGAACAAGCAUCCCUGUGA